CAACAGCCAACUCGCGGUACCUGCUUCUCAAAUCUGCGGACCGUCAGCUUGUUCUUCUACCUCAUCCUCCAUAUUACCCCCAAAUUGACUGAAAUGGCCACCGCUUUGAAUGGAUGGCGUUGUGCCUCAUGUCGGAUGGUCGCAGCAACCCGUGUCAAUGUUCCCGGAGUAGCCAUUAGAAUGUAUGCAACCACAUCUGCGAAUGACGAGCCAUCCUCAGUACAGCGGAAGCGUAGAUCUACAUCUUUCAGCGACCGACUAAAUGCGGGUCCAUCAUUUGCAGACUUUACUGGUGGCAAAGAAACGAUGUCCAGAGAAGACGCACUUGAACUCCGAACAGCUAUGGUAGGGCCAGCAGGAAGGAAGAAGCAGAUUACAAGACUGCCCGAAUGGCUCAAGACGCCGAUUCCAAGCUCCAACAAUUACAAAAAAAUCAAGCAAGAUCUCAGAGGCCUCAACUUACACACGGUUUGCGAGGAGGCGAGAUGUCCAAACAUAUCAGAUUGUUGGGGCGGCUCGUCCAAGGCCGCGGCUACUGCCACAAUCAUGCUAAUGGGCGAUACUUGUACGCGAGGUUGCCGUUUCUGCUCAGUCAAGACUUCGAAGACACCUGCGCCUCUUGAUCCGCACGAACCCGAACACACGGCCGAGGCGCUAAGGAGAUGGGGACUUGGCUACGUCGUGUUGACCUCUGUAGACCGUGAUGAUCUCCCUGACGGUGGAGCUCACCACUUCGCGGAGACGAUCAGGAAGAUCAAGCAAAAAGCUCCUUCAAUACUUGUUGAGGCACUCACUGGAGAUUAUGCUGGGGAUCUGGAGAUGGUCAAACUGGUUGCCCAGAGUGGCCUAGAUGUGUACGCGCACAACAUAGAGACGGUCGAGGCACUGACCCCAAUGGUUCGGGAUAGAAGGGCGACAUUCAGGCAAAGCCUGAGCGUUCUUCGAGCCGCAAAACUAGCUAAACCAGAGCUCAUCACGAAGACUAGUAUCAUGCUGGGACUGGGCGAGAAAGAAGAGCAAGUUUUUGAUGCGCUACGAGAAUUGCGAAAAGUCGAUGUCGACGUUGUCACCUUCGGUCAGUACAUGCGACCAACGAAACGACAUAUGAAAGUUGAGGAAUACAUCACUCCCGAUGCGUUUGAACAAUGGCGGGUUAGAGCUCUUGAAAUGGGUUUCUUAUACUGUGCAAGUGGUCCGCUUGUGCGUUCGUCGUACAAAGCCGGCGAAGCGUUUAUCGAAAACGUGCUCAAGAAAAGAGCGGGAACGAAGAUAGAAGACGAACCGUCAUCGAAGCCAAAUGAGCUUGACGUGGCUUCACUUGAAUCCUCAAGCGUUUAGGCCUCCGACCGUUGCAUGGGACGGAGUGGUUCGGAUCCGGCAGUUUUAGCCAUUCCUUGAUUCUAACGUACACAUGCUCGUUCUUUCAUAGCCUGCACAUCAUUGUAACAACGUCUUCGUCGACUUGUGUUUUCGGGGAUACAUGUACCGAAUCAAGCCGACACAUGCCUUCAAUUUUCUAAAAAAUUAUUCCGUCAUGCGGUUUCUACCGCGUGUGAUAAUCCCGACAGCGAGUCAAUGUGCUCUAUCCAAAUCACAGACGACGAAAUGAAGAGCAGCAGGUCAAACUGCACAGGUCUUCAAGGAUGCUCCUUGUGGCUCUCCGCUUAUUCCCGGAUUGAAGAGAAGGAACAUUCGAGGAGCUCCAAAUUGCUCUUUACAGUCUGGCCUACAGCACAGAAAAAACAUAGAUCGCCUAAGCAGGAUUUGCCGUGCCCCUGUCUGCAUCUGGUCGAAAUGAUCGGCGAAUUUGAUAGCAAGGGUGCAGGGCCUGCUGGACUUCAUACUUGCAGUAUCGCGUAGUGAUUUUUUUUUCUUCAUAUGCCAAGUAGUCAUAUUUCUCAACUGCAUGAUGGCGAUAUUGGCCAGACUUGACGUACAUACGAAGUGUCAUUCUCUUC